CAUGAGCAAAUUUUCAACCAUGUUUUAUGUAGUUGCAGCUGUGAUUACUCUUCAAACAAUCCUUAUGGUUUUAACCAACGUGGGAACUCCUUUAAGUGAUUCCACCCCCAGGGAAAAACCAAGGAAAGUCCACCUUUUGAUUAUUUCCACCUGGAGGGCGGGCUCAUCUGUUGUUGGGCAGUUCUUCAACCAGCACCCUGAUGUCUUCUACUUGAAGGAGCCAGCCUGGCAUGUUUGGAAUGCCAUGCCACACAACAAUGCACAUGUUCUUCACAUGGCAGUGAGGGACUUGAUUCGGUCAAUCUUCACAUGUGACAUGUCUGUGCUAGAUGUAUACAUACAAAACAGAAGCUAUGUAUCAAACUUAUUUCAAUGGUCCUCCAGCAGGGCCCUUUGCUUACCCCCGGCAUGCAACACUUUUUCUCGGAAAAAGAUUGUAACUGAAGCCAACUGUCAGAAAUAUUGUGCUAAAAGUCCUUUUAAUAAAGUGGAAGAGUCCUGUAACGCCUAUAGCCACAUUGUUCUCCAAGAGUUUCGUAUUUUUGACCUGAAGGUGCUCUAUCCUCUUCUAAAAGACCCUACCUUAAACGUAAAGAUCCUUCAUGUAGUACGAGACCCAAGAGCUCUCGCCAAAUCUCGCCGACAACUCAAGUUUGCUUUGGAGUUAGACAAUGCUAUUAUUCUCAACUUAAAUGAUCGAACAGUCGAUGAUACGGGCAGAGAAAAAGUUCUAAGAGAAAUUUGUCGGAGCCAAGUUGACAUGUACAGAACGAUCAAUGAUCGGCCCCCUCCCUUUCUUAAAGACCAUUACAUGUUGCUUAGAUAUGAUGAUCUGGUCAGAGACACUACGAGGAUAGCAAAGCAACUGUAUACCUUUGCUGGUAUAAAUCCGACAGAUGAGUCAAUGACAUGGAUCUAUAAAAUGACUCAUGGGGAAAACUUGGAAAACCCAAAGCCAUUUAUCAUUACACCACGGGAUGCAUUACAUAUGUCUCUAAAGUGGAAGGAGGAACUUACCUUACAAGAAAUCAUUUCAGUGCAGAAGAUCUGUAAAGACUUUAUGGAAUUUUUCCGUUACCAGAAUAUAGAUUCUGAGGAUGAGUUGAAUGACUUAGAUUUGGAGACAGUGCUACCAAUACACAAAGAUGUCUUCAACUGGCAUAACGACGAUGAAAAUGAAUGAGACUAUUUUGUGUGCCUUUGCUUUCCUGGGGUCUACUUACACGUUCCGUCUCUGUGUUACUAAAGCAAACCUUUAAAAUGGCUACCGUGUUUCCCUGAAAAUAAGACCUACCCCCAUAAUAAGACCUAGCAGGA